GAAUGAUGAGGAUGAUGGUGAUGAUAAUGUCGAUGAUGAGGAUGGUGAUAAAGAUCUCUCCUCCUGUAGGUCCAGACAGAGUAGUUGAUGUCAGUUUCUGAGAGGAAAUGACAUCACUGCCACCAACAACAGCUUUGAGAGAGAGUAUUACAUGCAUUACCAUAACCUGUUGUCUGUGUGUCUUGCAGUGGCAAGCCUCCCCUUUGUCUGGCGUCAGCCCCGGGGGGAUAGGACAGGGUGAAGAGAGAGGAGAGGACCCAGAUGGCAGCUCAGCCCGGACUGGCCAGGACAGUAGAAAGGGGUGGGGUCUAGCCUUAGAGGGGUUUCCGGGAGUCACGCCUACCACAUUCCCUCAACCAACCAGAGCACAGGACAGUGGCCCCUCUCCCAGACCUGCUUACGUGAGGAGGGGGCGUAGUCUCAAGGUUGAUGACAUCGCCAGCGAUGACAUUACAGAGGAGAAGCUGACAAUGUCCUAUAAAACUCUUCCUGGUUACAGUGAGGACCGGUUGCUAGGGGAGGAGUUUGGUGAUUAUGGGAUGCAGAGGGACUCACCCGGCAGUGAAUCGCAUACCGGGAAAGACCCGACAGAUCACAAUGACUCCUCCAAAUCAAGCAAUUCUGUUGACUCUAACACCUCUAGUGAUUCAAGCGAUUCCUCCAAGUCAAGUGACUCUAGCGAUUCAAGCGAUUCUAGCGACUCAAGCGAUUCUAGCGACUCAAGUGAUUCUAGCGACUCAAGCGAUUCUAGUGACUCAAGUGAUUCUAGCGAUUCUAGCGACUCAAGUGGGACUAGCGAUUCUAGCGACUCAAGCGAUUCUAGCGACUCAAGUGAUUCUAGUGAUUCUAGCGACUCAAGCGAUUCUAGCGAUUCUAGCGACUCAAGUGAUUCUAGCGAUUCUAGCGAUUCUAGCGACUCAAGUGAUUCUAGCGACUCAAGUGAUUCUAGCGACUCAAGUGAUUCUAGCGACUCAAGUGAUUCUAGCYACUCWAGCGACUCAAGUGACUCUAGUGAUUCAAGUGACUCUAGUGAUUCAAGCAACUCUAGUGAUUCUAAUUGAUUCUAAAAGUUAAAGUGAAUCAAUCUCCAAAGACAAAUAACGGCAGUGACUCUAGUACCAGCUAGGCAGCGAGAGAGACAGGGAGAGAGAGAGAGAGAGAGAGAGACAGACAGACAGAGAACAAGACAGAGAGAGAGA